AUGUCAGAAUACGGUAAUUUUGGAAAUUAUGGAGGCAACUAUGGUGAUGGAGGGUUCACCAAUACUGGCUAUUCUCAAGGUGGAUUUAGCAAUGAAAAUGGUUCACAAUCAGGUGGUACGAAAACACAAGGUCGUUCGAGUCUAACACCAGUUACAAUCAAACAGAUUUUAGAAGCAACACAAGCAACACCAGACGGGGACUUCCUGGUACACAACGUUACUCUCAGCAUGAUUAGUUUUGUUGGAGUUGUGCGUAAAGUUGAUGGUCAAGGAAUGAGUGUGAUCAUCACCGUUGAGGACGGUACGGGAUCCAUCGAUGUUCGUAAAUGGGUAGAUGAAAGUACCACUUCAUUGGCUGUUGAAACUGAAAAAUACUCAGCUUUCAAGAACAAGUACGUUUUUGUUGGCGGAUCUUUGAAAUUGCACAUGAACAAAAAGAGUAUUCAGAAUGCUGCCAUAGCAUUAAUCGAAGAUAGCAAUCAAAUUAUUUAUCAUCAUUUAAGCGCCAUUGAUCAUCACUUGAAGAGCCAAGGACUUCCCAAAAGCAGUGGUGCAAACACAGAUGGUGAUUUAUUUGUCAAGGACGAAGAUUCCAAUGAAUCUUUGAUGAACAGAGUUUUGAAAUUUAUCACAGAGGAGAGUAAGACUAUGCAAGAUGGUGUUCCAAUAAACUACAUUGCCGAGAAGCUAGGAAUUUCCAAAGACGAAGGUUUGAGACAGUGUAAUGAGUUAAUUGAGAAUGGAAGAAUCUACCUAGGGUUUAAUGAUGGAGGCUACAUUGCUGUUUAA